AGGAAAGUCUAUGGACCGACAGAGAUGGGGGUACCCCGACGGAUGUGGGAGAGGCUGCAGACCCUGGUGCCGGAAGUGGACAACAUUGCCGUAGCAGGAGACUUCAACUCUGUCGCUGACCCAAAGAUGGACUCUGCAAACAACAGGCAGGUGGAGGCGGACUUGCUGGCAUUGGUCAAUGGAAUGACCGUGCUCAGCUGCACAGCCUCGUAUAGGGUGUUAUACCCGCAAGAGAGGGUCUUUACCUUCCGGGGAAAUACAACCAGGAGCCGAAUCAACAUGAUCUGGGCAUCGGCAGACCUCAACGCAGCAGUCGAGCAGGUGCAGAUUAGUCCAAUGGCCACUUCAGACCAUGCAGCUGUGACAGCGACUUAUCCAGUAGGCAAGCUGGAGAUCGGCCAUCCUCCCAAGUCAGUCCCGGCGUGGGUGUUCAAGAGUGAGGAGUUUCGGCCGGUGGUGGCCAGUUUCUGGGAAGAAUGGGUGAAUGAAUGCGCACAGGAAAAUUUGCUGGAGCACGUGAUGACGGCGCUCCAAAGCUUGAGAGGGAUUCUAGCAAAACAUCUGCGCAGCAGCUACCUGGCGCAUCAGAGAACAGGGGAGUUCGCCCAUAGGCUAGGGGAGUUAAAUAGUGGCCCAGGAUGGGACCAGACAGAAGAGGAAUGGUGGGUGGAAAGGGUGGAGGCAUACCGAGCAAGGAGGGAAUGGCAGGGAGAGGAGGCAGGGGAGAGACAGCGCACCACAAGAGGAAUACUCAAGUGCAUCACGGACUUCUAUUGCCAACUGUUGACGGAGGAAUCAGCGGAUAUGGCCAAACAAGACGUAUGGAGACACAUGGAGAGGUGGCUUGAUCUCGAAAGCACGUGCAAACUGGAGGGGGAUAUCCGGCCAGAUGAGGUGGAACGAGCAAUGGCAGAGCUCCCUAGACUUAAGGUGCCCAGUUUGGAUGGCAUGCCAGUGAAGCUGUUUGAGGACUUUCGCAACUUCUUUGUGACCCUCCUGACGGCGGCCUACAACGAAGCGCUCAGAAAUGGCUCCUUCCCGCAUGGCUUUGCGGAUGCCUACGUGGUUUUGCUCUAUAAAAAGGGGGCGAAGAAGGAUGUGUGCAGCUGGCAGCCGAUCUCCAUCCGGAAUGCACUGCACAAGACCCUCCUGAAGGAGGUAAACAGGGUGAGAUCGGACAAAUCGCAAAUCACUCGUUCGGUUAGGCAAGGGUGCCCGCUCUCCCCAGCCCUCUAUGUUAUCUACAUCGAGCCUAUGCAUGAAAUCCUUAGGGCAGACGAGAGGCUGAUAAGCUUGAAGGCGGGACCAACAACGGAACUGCAGUCUACGGCCUUCGCAGAUGACGCGGGAGCAGUGAUACCUUCGACCACCCGUCAGCUAGGAAUUCUCAAGGAGGACCUGGCGACUUUCUGCAUAUAUUCUAGGGCAUGCGUCAAUUGGCAGAAGUCGAAGGCCAUUUUCCCGCUUGAGGUUGAACCUACAGAGGGGUGGGACAUUCUGAUUGUGACAGAAGGAGAAAGGAUGGCCUUCCUAGGAGCCAGCCUUACACCAAGCUAUGGCAGUGUGGAAGAGAUGGCGAUACGGCCCACAGCUGCGGUGACCCGAUUUAAAGCAUGGAGCGCAAGGGGCACCAUGGGAGUUUUUGGCAAGGCCCUAGUUAUCAAGAACUCGGUACUGGCCACAUUGUGGUUCACGGGCGCAGUGCACAUGCUGGGGAGGAGCAUGUUCCGAUACCUUAGGAAGGCAGUCCAUGCCCACCUGUGGCCGAAUAAUGCGGAGGCUGAUGACUUCAUUUGUAGAGUUGCCUGGAACAAACUGGUCCAGCCAAGGAGAGUUGGUGGCUUAGGAGUGUCCGACCCGCGUCUGCAGAUCAUCACAUUGCAACUACGGCAGAUAAGGUGCCGCUGGUGGCCACAGACGGACGAUUCGGCUAUCCUUCUGGGAGUGCUGAUGAAAGUUGAUAGGUCGGGGUUUGGGGACUUGAUGACUGGAGAGAUCAUAAGAGCCGCAGUGCUACGGCCCCUGUGGACAUUGAGGAACGAACGGUCUAGGCAAGGAGCGACCCCUCCACUGCAGGCAUAUCAGGAGCGAGCGCUGGAAAACAUCAGGAUAGCUUUGAUGGCGGAUUUCCAUCGACGCAGACGUAUGGGGGAACACAAGGAGAAAGGGUUCUGGGAGAGAUGGGGCCCUUAUCAGCAGCUGCUGACCCGAGACCCCUGCACAGACCAGAUGCGCUUCAGCCCCGUCCUACUGCGGCACCUGCCUGGGCUGCAAACUGAGGGGGACCAGGUCCCAAGAUCAGAGGCCGGUUUGUAAAGUAAUUAGUAAAAGUAGCUAGCAAAG